UUUUGUGGGGGUGGGGAGAGUGAGAGGAGGGAUGAGAGUGGGAUCUGUUGUUGGUAUGUGAAAUGAAUAAAAUUUUUUUAAAUAAAAAAACUAAAAAAAUUUAUACACUCUCAAAACAAGUCACUGAAAUAAGAUUCAAGAUGGUUACAAUGCAUUCCAUUCUUUAAGUGAGCAAAAUACACUUGGAAAGGGAGGUGGGAACGAGACUAAGAAGCACUCUCAGGCGCAUCCAUAUUAGUGGGGAAUUCUUGUGGAAACUGAGGGUCCAGAAAAAGAUUCUCUAAAAAAUAUCCUUUUCUUCUCUGUUUUUCUUUCUUCUUUUGUGUGUGUUGCAGGAAGGGGGGUUGUGAGUGUACGCAUCUGUGCACUGGAGGUCAGGGGAAGGUGUCUAGUGUCCUGCUCUAUUAUUCUUUGCCUUAUUCCCUUCAGACAGGAUCUCUCAAUGAACCUGGAAAUGUCUGGAAACCAGCAAGCACCAUCAAUCCUCUUGUCUCCACAUCUUACAGUGUUGGGGUUACAGGUAUACACAUGGCCAUGUUUGCAUGGGUUCUGGGAUUUGAACUCAGUUCAUCAUGUGGAGCCAUUUCCCAGACCUUGCUUAUACUUUUCUUGAAAAGUCUUUGUGAAAUUCAUACAGCUGUUUAAAGACCAUUAUACCAAGAAUCUGGAAAUGUUAAGACAAAGUAUUACUUUAAAAAAAACAACCGAAAACUCUCAAGAGUAACAGAAAUUUAUCUCAACUGCCUCAAGUGGUUGUAUUCUUUUUAAAUGUAGGUACAGACUAGGUUGGGACAACUAUAAAAAAAGCUAAGCAAGGGGUUGGGGGAACUGAAGAGCUAGCUUAGUGGUUAAGAGUGCAAACUGUUCUUUCAGAAAACCCAAGUUCAGAUCCCAACAUCCAAGUCAGGCAGCUUAUCACCACCUGUAACUCUAGCUCCAAGGGAUCCAAUGCCCUCUUCUGGCCUCUUCGGGUAUCACACUCAUGUGCAUAUACUCACACAUACACAUACAGUUAAAAAUAAAAAUGAGAGUGUGGUGGUGCAUUUAAUUCCAGCAGUUGGGAGGCUGAUAUAGGUGGUUCUCUGUGAGUUCAAGGUCAGUCAAGGUCUACUUAUUGAGCUCCAGGCCAGCCAAGACUACACAAUGAGACCCUGUCUCAAAACAAAACAAAAACCCCAAUAAAUUAUUUAAAAAAAAAAAGAGUUAAGGGGAAGGAGUCAACAAAAUGAUUAUAACAAACAACAUAGAAAUGUAAUUCCCUCCCACUCUUCCUCUCUCCCUCUUCCUUUCCCCCUAAUCUCUGGCAUUAAUAUGAAAAUAAUUGCCUCUACUUUUGGAGACCUGACUUAAUUAGACUAAUUUGACUUUCCGCUGGCAAAACUAACACUAAAAUGGUUCAGAGUUCUCUAAUUAUAGAGCAGUCACGCUUUUUCUUAACAGAUACUAAAACCAAACGCUCUAACAUUGGAUGAGGUCAUUGUGAAUAACCUGUUGUAAGGCCUAUUUCGAGAUAUCACAUGAAUUUCAGUGAUUAUGCAGUGAAAGGAAGCAAAAGAUACAAAGUUACUGCAGAAGACAUUAUGACUGUUACUAUGAUUAUCUAACUGGUGAUGAAUCUCCACAAGUUAUUUCAUAAGAUGGACAUCCACUGACCCAAACCUCUAUUCUUCUACCCCUCACUCUUCAAUCUCAACUCCUUUCUUGUUUGUUCUCUCUCGUUAUCAUUUUUUGUAUCUUGAACACCCCAAAGACUUAGGCAAACUUUUGUUUUUUGUUUUUUGUUUUUGUUUUUCGAGACAGGGUUUCUCUGUGAAGCUUUGGAGCCUGUCCUGGAACUUGCUCUGUAGCCCAGGCUGGCCUUGAACUCACACAGAGAUCCACCUGGCUCUGCCUCCUGAGUGCUGGGAUUAAAGAUGUGCACCACCACUGCCCAGCCUUAGGCAAACCUUUUGAUGGACACUCUCACCAACAUUCUCAAACCCUUCUUCCUUGAAUUUCUGCUUAUUGGUUCUGCCAGGUUCCAGGCAAGAAUCCACCAUGUUUUUCUCAAUUGUAGCUUUCAGUUUGCCAGUUACUGAUAGGAGAAAGUGUAUAACUACUGAUUCAUAGCACGACAGAUCUUCAGCUUCCAAAGUCAAUUUGACCUUUAGCACUAUAAAGCGGUAUUUUGUACUUUUGCCUGGAUGGCUUUCUUUUCCCACUGCUCAGGUGCAAUUCCAAAUCUCAUGGCAUCACUCUUCCAGGGGUUUCUCAACAAACAUUUCCAAUCAGCAGAUGACCUAGUUUUCUACUUCAAGAAAAAUUACUUCAAGUUCCUCCACCUUUAAUGAUCAUCUAAAAUGUCACCCUCCUUUCUUCCUGUAGUAGAUUCUGAUACAGAACAUCAACUAACUCCCCGUCAAUACUACUUGGCUUCUGGUUUGGAGGAUUGCUUCUUGUGAAAAGCUUUUCACUGUAAUAUCCACACACAUCAUUACAAGGCAAAGAUACUCCUUGAAAUUCAUACUCCAGGUUGAAGACAUGGACAUCAGAAUGUUAGGAAAUAAACAUUGCUGAUUGGCUGUAGAAAAAACUACAUCAGAAUAGCAAGUGUUCUUCCUCUUGGAAUCAUUCACAAGCAAGGGCAGAGAGGAAGGUGAGUUGGGAUGCAGCCUGCCCAUUAAAUGUUUUAAUAUUCUAUCAUAGUUCUGCCUGCCAAAUGUCACAACAUGAAAUUUAAAGAGGCUAUGCUUCAGUGAGCAAUGCCAUUUUUGUCCUUUACUAUUUGCUACCACCUGCCACAUAUGUAGUCUAAGAUGCUAUUAAUAAUAACUAGUCCACCCACCACCUCUUUUUAACAGUGAACAUUUUACUCACCUUCAUUCAAUUGAAUUUUUUGUGGCUAGUCCUAGGACAACCAACAUGAAUUAACAUGCUGUGGCUUUUCUAAUUUAAUAUCAUAUUUCUGUCAUACACAACCUUCAAGUGACACGUGAAAACUUUAGCAAAAGUAUUUGUAAAAAUUGUCUUAAAAGAAGCUUUGAUGUAGAGGUAAGUAGGGAAGGCUUGUAUCCUAUCUAACCUAGGGCAGAUCUAUAUUUUGUGGGACUCUGAUCAUAUAUAAUUUGAGAGAAGUCUCUAUUUCCAAAAAUGGUUGGAAGUUUUCAAUUCAGAAAAGGGUUCAGAGACUUUGGAAGAGAUCUUGAAAGUGAAAGGCUCUUGUGAUUAAGCUUCACACAUAUCAGCUUUAAAAAAAAAAUCUGGUCACUUAAUUGGGGCAUUAAGCAAACCCAAACUGAAGAAAAUCUCACUAACUGUGAAUGAACAUGUGACAUGAGCCAGGCAUGUUAUAUAUUUCAAGCUCACAAGUUGAUCAGGUCAAUAUUUCAUUCUUUUAUAAAAAUGGAAACCUCAUCAGGCUCAGAGAGUUUGGAAACUUGCUCACAGGCAGCCCACUGCUCACAGUGAAACUGAGACCCAAACUAAGUUCUUGUAAUUUUUUUCAAUGCAAUAGUUUGCCUUUCAAAUUUCCCUAAUGAUAAAGGACUUAAAUUACUUUGGAGAAAACUCAUAGAAAAAGGCUGGAAGUGGUCAGUUGGUAUUUGAAAUGGCCUGUCUUAAGUCACAUCUGAUAUUGCCUAAAAAUGAAUCCAUGAAACUUUUUUCAAAGGGCACAUUUAAAAAUGUAUAAUCCUUUGGACGAUCUUCUACUUCCUAAAAAACAUAGAUAAGAAAGUCGAUCUUAAGAAUCAAAAGAUAUGUGAUUCUAAUGCAAGUUGAAUAACAGAGUCAGAGUCAAUCUGUGGAGGUGAGUCCAGGAAGUAUAGCCUUCCAGAACACAAUCUGACUGGGGAAGACCCCUGACAGUGUGGAUCUUUCCAAACUAUAUCCUCUCCCUAUAUGCCCAAUAUUCCUUCCCCUUGACAUUAGAUCAAAGUUUUGUUUUGCAUUGGCUUGGGCUAGUUUUGAAGGACAGUCUUGCUACAUAGCCCAAGGCUGCCUUGAACUUCCAAUCCUUUUUGCCUCUUCCUCUCUAGUGCUGGGAUUAUAGAUGUGACUCACCACAUUCAGCUGACAUAAUGGAGUUUUAAAGAUUGGGGGGGGGAAUGACAAUGGUUCAUCUAUUACUCCAUUACACUCAUAGUGUGGGCCAGUUUAACCUCUGUCCAUUUUUAAAUGUUGGUUGGAAGUAUCUUUUCCUUCGCCAAACUCCUCGAAAUAAGUGCUGUUGUCUUUUUAUUUUUUCCUCACUCACAGAAUCCAGCAUUUUGAGCAGCAGGCUUUCCACAGAGGUUCGUUACCAUGGUGUUGACGACUUCUUUUUGAUAAGUCACUAUUUUCUAAUCCAACAGUGUUUUAUAAUGCAGGUACGAUGGCUGUGAUUCAAUCCUAUUCAUUCAAAGAUUUCCAAAUAACACUUGGGGAAUUUGCCUAAACCUAAGACAAGAAAUAAUCUUGUAGUUCAGUAUUUUCAGUCAUCAAGCAGCUACUGAUGCUACUCACAGCUCUGCUUAUUUUGUGGUCUUGGUGCCAUUGUGACCUCAAGCUGUAGCUCAAAUCAGUCCAAUGCAACAGGAGCUUCAAGAACAGCAGCACAAAAUGAUGUCUUAACUGGUCGGGAAAAGAAGGCACAUAUUUUCAAGAAUUUCCCUUCAAGAUGACAAGUGGUACAAACUCUUCAGAACCUUGCUUGUCCUCAAAAAAGUGAGUCUUUGAUGUCAAAUGGCAGCUACCUAGGAGGGGGAAAGGGUCUUUACUUACCCAAGCUAAAGACAGAUUAUUGUAUCUCUUCCCACAGGAAUCCUAGAAUGGAUGACAACUACUUGAAAGAAUUGAAUGAAGACUUAAAGUUAAGGAAGCAGGAACUUCUAGAGAUGCUAAAACCUCUAGAAGAUAAGAACACUCUCUUACUCCAGAAGCUAAUGGCUAACUUGGAGGAAAAACAAAGAAGUCUGCAGAUCAUGAGGCAAAUCAUGGCAGGGAAAGGAUGUGAUGAAUCUUCAGUCAUGGAGCUUAUUAAGGAAGCAGAGGAGAUGAAACAGAACCUGGAAAAGAAAAACAAGAUGCUCCGGAAGGAAAUGGAGAUGCUAUGGAACAAGACAGUUGAGUCAGAAGAGCCCCAGGAUCAACAGAAAGCAGUCCCAACAAAGCCCAAAGCAGACUUGAAAGAUGGAAAGGCUCUGGAAUCCCCCGUAUCAUUUAGGAAGGCCAAGAGUGAGCCAGAGACAUCAGAUGCAGAGAAUGUGGAGGAGAUAAGAAGGGAAAAGCAACAGAGGAAAAUUGAAUGGGUCAAAUAUGAGGAACAUCCCAACAUCCUUCAGAAUGGCUUCCAUGGCAAAGUGAUUGAGCUGAGAAUUGAAGCCUUGAGGAACUACCAGAAGGCCAAUGACCUAAAAUUAUCACUGUACCUACAGCAUAAUUUUGAGCCAAUGCAAGAAGCUUUGAAUCUUCUGAGGCCUCAAGGUAAAAUGGGUACAACUACAGAGAAAGCAACAACCAACAGAAUUGAGCCCAAUAUGACAAUCCCAAGAUCAAAGAACUACACAGAAGAGCAAGAAGGAACUACAGAAAGUCAGUCUGAUGAUGUUGGAGAGAGGCUCUUUUUUCUGAGGUCAAUGCCAGAUGAAGUUCUGAAGGAUUAGAAGGCUUUCACUCCAUUUGCUUUGGACAGAGUUAAAGACUAGGUACAGCCAUUUCUGUUCAUUAAAAUCUCUCAAACCUUGAUUUUAGUUCCAUUUCCCAGUCUACCACCAAUCUGGGGGGAGAAACGUUGCACAUUUGGCCCUAAGCAUGUUGGGACUUCAGUCAUUUAGGGAUUGUAAAUUGCCUCUAAUUACACUGGUAAAUUUGGGAUGAAAUGACUGGAUUCAAAUCACAUUGGUUAUUGUUAAGUUCACAGAAAGUUAUUUUCUACCUCUGAAGUAUUUAAUUCACUGUUGAUAAGUAAGCUUCAGGUAAAAAAAUAAAGAGAACUACAUUCCCUACAUGGCUCUUACUCUCUCACAUCAUAUUGCUUGUUAGCUAGUCCUUACUUUCUAGUCCUUGAAUAUCUCGUACUCUCCAGCAUUAUGUUUUUAGUUUAGGCCUCCUUUUCUGCCUGAGUUACCACAGUCUAUUAACUGGCUUUCCUGCUUCCAGGCUCUCUAAUCCAUCUCUCACAAUACCACAGAAACUAUUUUUUCUAAAAGAGAAAUGAGAUCAGGUCACUCCACACCCCUUUUAUUAUGAAGUCCAAAUCCUUCACAGACAAUAGUUGAGCCGUCUCCUGCUUAGCUCUCCAGUCUCAUCUUUCAGUUUCCCUUUUCCUCACAGUCUUAGAGUAAGCUUUACAGAACUAUUUCCAGUUCCCCCGGUGCAUCAUGGGUUCUAGGUACAAAGCUGAAAAAACUCUUUUCUCCUUGUCUUGACAACUUCCCCUUUCUCUUUAAUCUCUGUGUGAGUGUGCACAUGUGCUGUGGUGUACAUGCAGAGGUCAGAGGUCACCCUUCCCCCUUGUUUGAGACAGGCUCUGUUAUUCAUCACUGAUGCAGAGACAAGGCUAACUGGUGUGAGAAUUAGCCUCUGGGUAAUUCUCCUGUCUCCACUUCCCACUCUGCUGUGGGAGUGCUGGGAAUAGAGGUACACACUACCACAUCUGGCUUUACAUGGGUUCUGGGAACCUUGGGCCCCAUGUGUGUACAACAAGGGUUUACGUACAGAGCCAUCUCUCCUUUUUUUCUUUUCUUUUCUAUUUAUUUCAUUUAUUUACUUAUUGGAGACAGGGUCUCGCUAUGUACCCCUGGCUCUCCUCGAACUCGAUAUGUAGACCAGAGAUCUAUCUGCCUCAGCCCCCUAAGUGCUGGGAUUAAAGAUGUCCGCCCCUAUGACUGGCCUCCAUUUUUCUUAAGAACUAAGUUUAGUAUCUUUUUCUCUCCCAGUGAUUUUUAAUCCUUACUGUGUACUGGGAUCUCCUUGUAGACUCUGAAAAAUAGCAUUAUCACAAGGUCACUCCCCAGGUGAUUUAAAUCAAGAUCUUUGAGAGCUAAGACAAAAACAUUCGUAAUUUUUAGUAAGAGCCUCAGAAAAUUCUAAUGUUCAUUCAGGUUUGAGUUUUGUUUUUGUUCUUGAGACAGGGUCUCACUAUGUAGCCUUGGCUCUCCUGGAACUUGAUAUGUAGACCAGCUGGCCUUGAACUCAAGAGAUCUGUUGGCCUCUGCUUCCUGAGUGCUGGGAUUAAAGACAUGUGCCACCACCACCCGGCUAGGUUUGAGAAUUUUUGUUCUCAACUCUUACUUAUAUCAUAGCACUUAAUGAACUAUGUCGCAAUUUUGUUCAUCUACUCAGAUCUCUCUCUCAUCAGAUGAUGAACUCUUCAAGACACAGAACUAUGUCUUGUUCAUCUUUUCAUUUUAAUCAGCUUACACAGUGCCUUUAACAUAGGCUUUAACGUAAGUUUAGUAAAUGAUAUCAUACAAGGAUUUUUUUUUAUAGCUUAAAUAUGAUAUGACUCCCAAAGUUCAUGUGUCAAAUGCUUAACCUACAGCUGGUAGCGCUAUUUGGGGAGAUGUGAAAACUUUGGUGAAUAUGGGUCUAGCUGUAUGUAGUAGGCCCUAUGGUAUGUGCCUUUAAAGGUUCCUCUCUCUGACUUUUGUCUGCUAUUAAGUCAAAGAAAUUCUGUAUACUUCUUUUGUCAUGAUGUCUUUCCCAAGUGCAUGGGGCCAAAUGACCACGGACUGAACCCUCUGAAACAGGGAGCUAGAUUAACUCUUUUUCCUUCAAGUUGUUCUCUCAGGAAUUUUAAUUAUAACUAAACAAAAGUAAUAAAAAAUAAUUGUACUUCUCUGGUAAUGGGCAAAGUAAGCCAAUUAAUUAAUAAUUUUUUUCCUCCAAGGGGAAAGUUAAGUUCUUAAAAUGCAUUUUAUGUUUUAAAAAUGAUUUUUAUUACUUUAAAUAUGUAUCUUGCAUUGGGGGGCAGUAUGUACACCAGUGCUGGCGCUGGUGUCUGCAGAGGACAGAGGCAUUAGAGUCCCAUGGAGUUGGAGCUACAUGUGAUUAUGAACCAUCCGAUGUCAUAGGUAACUAAUGACUGCUGACAGAAGGACAAUUAGUCCCUCUCAGGGAUGAGCACCCCAUUGGUUGUCCAAUGAAUACACAAACAACAAAAAAAACCAGACUCAGCAAGUUCUAUAUUUAUAUUUGUGCAUAUACAUACAUACACACACAUAUAUGUAUUUAACAAUAAUAAUCAAAGAAAAAGACACCAUCCGCUUUGAGAAUGGGGGAGACAUGGAGGUUGUUGGAAGGCAGGUACUUGAAGGGGCUAGAGUGAGGAAAGGGAGGCAGAAAACUGAUGUAAUUCUAUGUCAAUUAAAACAUGUUAAAAUUAAUUUUAAAGAUAAAAUUUUACAAUAUUAGUACAUAUUAUUUGCACAAAGUGAUGGGUUUUAUCAUGACAUGGUUAUACAUCUAUACAAAAUACUUUGGCCAUAUUAGCUCCCUCAACACAAAAAUCUUGUCCUUUAGAGUGGCUUAUUUCACUUAAAAGUGGUCUAUAUCUAUUGUUCCAUAUCUACUUUCUUGCAAAUAACAAUUUAAUUUUUUAUGGUUGACUGAUUCCCCACAUAUAUACACAUUUUCUUUACCCGUUUAUCCAUUAAUGGGCCUCUAGGCUGAUUUUAUAAUUUAGCUAUUAUAAAUAGUGUUGCAAUAGACAAGAAUGUGCAGGUAUUUCUACUGUGUGCUGAUUGAGUCCUCCGCAUAUGCUAAGGUGUAGUAUGCAGCAGGGUCAUGUGGUAGCCUUAUUCUUGGUUUUAAAAAAGUUAUUGUUUUGUGUGUGUAUGCAUGAUAUGUGAGGGGAGGGCAUGUGGGCCAUGGCACAUGUGUGAAGGUCAAAGGAAAACUUUAGUGGGACAGGGGUCUCUCCUCCCACCUGUAGGUGGGUUCCAGGGAUGGAAUUCUGGUUGCCAAACACGUGACAACUGCUUUUCCUUGCUGAGCCAUCUUACUUGACUUUACACUUAGUUUUGUCUGGAAUUCCCACGUUGUUUCCAUGGUGGCGGACGUAUUUACCUCCCCACCAACAGUAUACAAGGGUGCUGCUUCCCCCUUGCAUUCUUUUUUUUUUUUUGGUUUUUCGAGACAGGGUUUCUCUGUGUAGCUUUGCACCUCUCCUGGAACUCACUUGGUAGCCCAGGCUGGCCUCGAACUCACAGAGAUCCGCCUGGCUCUGCCUCCCGAGUGCUGGGAUUAAAGGCGUGCGCCACCACCGCCCGCGCCCCCCUUGCAUUCUUAGAAGCAUUUUUUUUCUUGAUAACAGUCACUCUAACUGGGCUGAGCUGGAAUCUCAGUGUGGUUUUAAUUUGAUUUCCUUUAUAGUCAAGGGAUUUAGGUGUUUCCCCCACCAUGUAUUUAUUGUCUACUUGUACUUCUUUUGAUAAUUUUUAUAAUUCAUUUGCUCAUGUACUAAUUGAAUUAUUUUUCCUUAUAUUGAAAACAGUUUUUUAAAUUUAUGUUUUUGUGCUUAACUUUUCAAGUUCUUUAUAUAUUCUGAAUAUUGAUGUCAUAGCAAUCCCAUCAAAAUUCCAGCGAGAUUCUUCAUAGAACUAGAGAAAAAGAAUCAGGAAAUUCAAGUAGAAGCACAAAAGGACUCUGAAUGGCCAAAGCAAUUCUGAGCAAAAGGAGCGGCGCUGGAAGGAACAUGGCGUCUGGUUUAGGAAGCCAUAGCAACCAAACCAACACUGUACAGUCAUGGGAACCGUCAGAGAGUCCAAGCGAACAGAGCAGAGGACCCAGAAGUGAACCCAACGAGCUGCAGCCACCGACGCUUGACCAAGAUUCUCAAAGCACAUACUAGACAGAAGACACCACCUUCACAAACAGGGCUGGGCAGACCAGAUAUCCACAUGGAGAAUACUGAAACUAGACCCUUCCUCUGUAUUCUCUGUAUAAAAAUCCAAGUGUGUCAAAGCCUUUCAUGAAAGAGCAACACGCUAGAAGAAAUCAUAUGGAAAAACACCUCCAGAUAUAAAUACAGACAAUGGUUUUCGGAACGGGUUUUCAGUAACUCAGGACAAAAUAGCACAAAUUGACACGUGGGAUUCAACCAAAUUAAAAAGCUUCUGCACAGCCAGGAAACAAUUACUGGGGUAAAGGAAAGAGCCUGAAGAUGGGAGGAAGGUAGACCUUCUUAAAAACAAUGUUGGAUGUGUGGUGUGCUGAGGCGGUCAGUUCUAGUUCUCUCCUCCCACCAUAUGCGUCUUGGGGACCAAACUCCAGAUGUCAGGCUUGGGAGCAAGUGCUAAGCCAUCUCACUGAACCCUGGGAGAGUUUUCAAAUGUGCUUUUCAAUUGGCAAAGUUCUGUGAGUUCAUAGGAUGUUAGUAUUUUAAGUAUAAAGUUCCUUCACUUUACAAAAGGAGAAACUAAACUUCAUGUACUUUGAAAGGGUAUCCAAAGACCUAUAGUUAAUUCAAGCCAGAGCUGGUUACCAGAGUGUAGAUAUCAUUACUGCCAGCUCAUACUCCAGCCUAAUUCUCAUCUUUUCCCCUCUGACUGUAAAAACAAGUCUCCAAAGCCCUAAGAUGAUUAGUUUCAUUUUCUGCCAACUGUGUUAGCUGAGUAUAUAAUCCACAUUCUGUUUCAAGAAAACCACCUCUUAACUAAGACCCUGAGAGACUCUGGCAGACCUGAGAUUUUCGGAACCAAUUACAUUAGAUAGAGCAAUGAGAACAAAAGACAAUAAUAUAAAAUCUAACUACUAGUGACUACCCUGAACUUUUCAUUUAACCUAAGGGCCUUGGACUCCUAAUCUUAACACUAUUAAAACAGUACUCUUUAUUUCAAAAAAUUAUUUUUACCACUAUAAUGAAUUGAGAUUAGUAUAUGAAUGCCUACUGUUAAUUAAGGUCUGAAAUAAUCUGUUUUGCUUGCUAGCAGAGGUUUUCAUUUUUAUUAGAAAUAAGUCCUGUUAUGCUGGGCAUAGUGAUACAUACCUGUAAACACAGAACUACUUCAGGAGACAGAAGCAAGGGUGUCAUGAGUUCAAAGUUAACCUUGGCUACAUAUUGAGACCCUGUCUCAUUAUCCCCAGUGUAUUGAAAUUAUAAGUUCAUUAUCACUCAGACAUGUCAACUUUCCUUCAAGUGAUUCAAAAUUUUCAUUUUCUUCAAAACACAAACUGAGAUUUUUUAGCCCUUUAUCAUACUUCAUUAAAAAAAAAAAGAUUUCAUAUUGGCCUUUGACUUUCCCCUAUGACAACACAAAAUCAUCUCCUAGAUGGACUGGCUGCUUACCAAACAGUGUCAACACUUUGAUGAAUUAAGGACAAGGUUCUCAGCUUUAUGGGCACAAAUAAAUUUGUUUGGUUAACUUAUUCAAAAGAUGAGCAACUCAUUCAAGCUACUAAAACUCUUGAGAUUAAAUGAUAAACCAAAUAUCAAUUUAAAUUACAGACAGGAUACACAUCUAUAAUUCCAGCAAUCAGGGAAGUGGAGGCAGGAGGAUCAGAAGUUCAAGGUCAUCCUCACCCACACAGUGAGUUUGAGGCCCGCCUGGAUAUACCCCUCAAAAGAAAAUAAAAAAUUCACAGAGAGGUAUAUCUUCCAAUUGAGUUAGAGUAUGCUUAUACUUAAGGUACUCUUAUUGCUUAUUCAAAUUAUGGGGAACUGAAUUGGUGAGCAGGGGAGUAUUUAUGUUUGAAAUAUUAGUUUUAUUAGUACUCAUAUUACAAUGUUUCUUUGAUAAAAAUCUCCUAAUAUCCUUGACUGUACUUAGUUUAAAAAUACUUCUAAAAUUUUUAUUUAUGUGUGUAUGCCACAUGUGUGCCCACAGAGGUUAGAAGAGGGUGUUGGAUACCCUGGAAAUGGAGCUACAGGUGUUUGUGAGCCGCCUGAUGUGGGUGCUGGAACCAAACUCAAGAUUUCAGGAGUGUUCUUAAGUGCUGAGUUAUCUCUCCAGCCCCAAGAGACUUUUUUUUUUAAUGUCAAGGCCAGCUGAGGAAAACCUUGUCCUAUCAGCAAUACAUUUAUGAACCAUCUCUUUAGGAGAUACGACUCAUGUAGUACCUCAUUUGUAGUGUCUCAACUUCCUAACUUUACAGAGGAUAUUUACUAACAUUUCACCCCCCAAAUUGCCUUUUGCAAUGAUCACAAAUGGACUUGCAAUGUUUACCCCACUUUCCUAAAUGAAGCAAGGCCAACACCAGCUUGAUAACUUCGGUACAGAACUACAAUUAUCAGAGGGAAGGUGGCAGUGUAUAACAUUUAAUUUUCACUCUUAUCUAGACAGAAAGUCCACCUUUAGUAUUAAGUAAAUUAUAGCCACUUUAGACGUCUCAUUUCAAAGGCAGAGACUUGUGUAAUCUGUUGCAUCCCAAGCAAACAUCUAGUAGCCUCUCUGGCACCUUAGGAGGGGCCUGAAUUGCUUCCAAUUCCAAGUCCCUAUUGCUUCCUCUGUUCUGUACUGGUUGUCAAACAUUAGGGAAUGGAAAGGAAACAAGGUUCUGGUUUGAAAGGAAGACUUACCCUACAACCAAUCAAUUCCACAUCAGGGAGAUAUGCAGGCAGACACAAAUAUGAUUUUUAAUUGACUUUUUUUUUUUGUGGGAAGGUGGGGUGGGGCAGAGCUGCUCACUUCAUGACGGCCUGGAAACAGAAUGACUGCCAGCUGCUUUUCUCCCUUUUACCGGUUUGUCCUAUCCAGGGCUCCGCCUACGAGACUGAGAUAGUGUAGCUCACGUUUAGGGUGGGCCUUUCCUCCCUUAGUAAAAGCUGGGCCUCACCCGGAGGUGUGUUUUACUAAUCUUCUAAGUAUUUCUUUCUUUCU